GGCCAUAUGAUUAGAACUUCUGGGUUCUAAUUGGCUUAAUUUUUAUUGAAACAAUGUUUAGCCCCACAAUUAUUAGAUCCUUAAGCUUCACGGCAUCAAGGGACUGGUGGUACCGGCUUACCUUCUCCCAUGCUGGUCUCCGGUCCGUGUCGUCAGAUCUUGGCGACGGAACCACCAUGCAUUGUUGGGUUCCUAAGUUGUACAAGCAAUCUAAGCCAAACCUUCUGUUGGUUCAUGGGUUUGGUGCCAAUGCAAUGUGGCAAUAUUCUGAUACAAUUGAUCAUUUCAUCCCCAAAUACAAUGUAUAUGUACCAGACCUCAUAUUCUUUGGGAGGUCCUACACAACCCAAAAGGAAAGGUCAGAAAGUUUUCAAGCAAGGUGCUUGAUGAAGCUAAUGCACAUACAUGGAGUACAAAAGGUGAGCUUUGUAGGUAUUAGCUAUGGCGGUUUUGUAGGGUAUAGCAUGGCAUGCCAAUUUCCGGAGGUAGUAGAGAAGGCGGUGUUGUGUUGCACCGGGGUUUGUAUUGAAGAGAAGGACUUGAAGGAGGGUUUGUUUAAAGUUCAAGACUUGGAUGAAGCUGGCAAGAUCUUAAUGCCUCAAAAUGCUGAUAAGUUGAGGGAGUUGAUGAGACUCUCCUUUGUUAAACCUCCCAAGGGAGUGCCAGAUUGGCGCUUGACCGACUUCAUAAAUGUUAUGUGUAAAAAUUAUGUGAACGAGAAGAGAGAAUUGAUUGAAGAAAUACUUAAGGAUAGGCAACUCUCAAAAUUGCCAAAGAUCCGUCAUCCCACAAUGAUAGUAUGGGGAGAGCAAGAUCAAAUUUUCCCUAUAGAGUUAGGAUAUCGAUUACAACGGCACUUAGGAAGUAAUGCUCAGCUAGUGGUGAUCAAGGAAGCAGGGCAUGCUGUGAACUUAGAGAAAUCAAGGGAGUUUUUAAAGCAUUUGAAAACAUUUUUAAAUGAAUCUCAUAUGAUCCUUCCUCAGGAUCCUACCCUCGAACAAUAG